AUGUACAAGGCUGAGUUAGAAGAUGGGACAACACUGGCAGUGCGACUAAUUGGUGAAAGUAGCAUGGAAAGGUUUAAAGAUUUCGAGAAUCAGGUGAAGAUAAUUGCUAAAUUGGUGCACCCAAAUUUGGUUAAAAUUCAUGGAUUCUAUUGGGGUACAGAAGAGAAAUUGGUCAUCUACGAUUUUGUUCCUAAUGAUAGUCUUGCCGAUGCACGUUACAGUAAGUCCUUUUUUCCCAUUCAACAGUCUCCAUAUAUGUUGUUUGUUGUUAUUAACUUAUUAAACGAAAUAAAAUACCGUAUUGACAAAGUCGCGACUCACACAUUGCAUAUGGGUAGCUUAUGUAACCGUGCUUUUGGCGAAGAAAUAAAGAAGGACUGUGACGUCUUUGUGGAUGCAUACAUAGAAAUUUUAAGUGAAGUUUUGGACGUGCAUUCAUGUGAUUUUGAUACUGAAAGUCAACGUGCACGUUAUACUUCUUUGUUAUGGCGUUACGAAGUUACAAAGGCUAAAGAAGCAUACACAAGUGACAAUGAUGAUCCUUCUCACCCUAGGAAUAGUUGGCUCCAAUCAGUUGAUGAAAGUGCAAUUGUUACUUUUGAGUAA